AUGUCUCAAGAAGUCAAGGACAAAGGUCCUCAGGAGGUUGUGCACACAAUCGAGCUGGGCUCCCUUGGGGGCAACUCCAGCAGUGCCAGCCUCCAGCCACUCUCUCAAACGCCCUCAGAGGCGGCGCCUCCGCCGCCGCCGCCGCCACAUACAUUGUUGACGGAGAGGAAGAAGAUCAUGACUAUCGCUAUUGCGGCCAUCGUGGGAUUCCUAGCCCCGGUGUCAGCAAACAUCUACUAUCCCGCCAUUGACCAACUAUCCGAAGACUUGCAUGUCUCCGUGAGCAAAAUUAACUUGACUAUCACCACUUACAUGAUCUUCCAAGGAGUUGCGCCGUUGGUGACGGGAAGUAUAUCCGAUGUAUAUGGCCGUCGACCCACGAUGCUGGUCUGUCUGAUCACCUACCUCGCCGUCAAUAUCGGCCUGGCGCUUCAAGACAACUACAUUGCACUCAUCGUCCUCAGAACCUUCCAAAGUUGCGGAAGUAGUGCCAUCUCGGUCGUCGGCAUAGCUGUUACGGCCGACUUGGUCACUCGAAGCGAGCGUGGUAAAUACAUGAUCUACUCGUCGCUGGGAACGACAAUGGGACCUGCCCUCGGCCCUAUCAUUGGAGGUGUCCUGGCCCAGUUUCUUCGCUGGCGAAGUAUCUUCUGGUUUCUCGCCAUAUUUGCCCUGGCGAUGAUAAUCCUCAUCCUUGUCUGUUUCCCCGAAACCUGCCGCAUGGUGGUCGGAAAUGGAUCUAUCCCCGCGCCGCGUUGGAACCGGCCACUCAUUCCGAUUGUGCAGCCCUCGGCCUAUGAAGGGGCUGAGGCAGCUAAGAAAGAGCUGGAAGAUGGGCCUAAGCCCCGUCGACCGACGCCGAUUGACAGCAUUAAAAUCGCUUUGGAAAAGGAAACUGGCGCCAUCAUUGCCUUCUGCUCUAUCCUCUACUGCGGAUACUUUGCUGUUCUCAGUAGUUUGUCGUCGGAGCUGGGAGAGAAGUACGGCUACAACUCGCUCCAAAUCGGCCUGUGCUAUAUUCCAUAUGGGAUUGGCAGUCUCACCUCGAGGUGGACCGUUGGGCGAUUCGUGGACUGGAAUUUCCGUCGCCUGGGGCGGCAACAUGGCAUGGAGGUGGUCAAUAACCGCCAGGUGGACCUCAUUGAGUUCCCUGUCGAAAAGGCCCGUCUCCAGAUCACAUUGCCAAUGGUCUAUAUGUCCUGCAUCUGCAUCAUUGGCUAUGGCUGGGUCAUGAAUUACAGGACUCAUGUGGCCGGGCCGCUCAUUAUGCUGUUUUUCACGGCGCAUACCAUUGCGGGAGCUACCAGCACCCUGGUCACGCUGCUGAUCGACUGCCACGUCAAGCGGGCGGCGACAGUCACAGCUUCCAACACAAUGUUUCGCUGCUUUCUAGGCGCAGGUGCGGUUGCAGCUGCGGUGCCUAUCAUUAACGCAAUCGGUAUGGGCUGGAUGGGGACCCUGAUCGCUGUCCUGUGGGCGGUUUCCAGCGUCCUUCUUUGGGGUGUUUUACUCUGGGGCCACGACUACCGCAAGAAACGGGCGGGGAGAAUUUGA